AUGCCCCCUACGCACCCAAACAUGCUGCUCACGCCGACCCUCGUGACGACGGUGGCGAUCAUAUGCCUUGGCCUGCUUCAAUUCGGCUACCACAUGGCCGAGCUCAAUUCUCCCGAGCAGAUCUUGUCGUGCCAGCGCCUGGAGCCCGUGCCUGGUCUACCUUAUAAAGACACCUGGUUUGGCAGCCACGGCUACGCCCGGUGCCUCGAUAUGUCGACAGAGCAAGUGGGGAUGGCGACGCUGAUUUUCUCUAUCGGCGGGCUUUUGGGCCUGAUCUACGUGGGGCUGCUUGCUGAUAAAGUGGGGCGGUGGCGCGUUCUGGUAGGCCAGACAUUGAUAUAUUUAUUGGGGUCGCUCGUCGCUGGAUUGGCCAAUACGUACUACCAAUUGCUUGCUGGUAGACUCCUUCUGGGGAUAGCCGCGGGGCUGGCGCUUGUUAUCACUGCUAUCUAUAUUAAUGAGAUUGCCCCUACUCUGGCUAAAGGUUUACUUGGGCUGAUGAAUCAGGUACUGAUUAAUGUCGGUAUCUUAUUGACGCAAUCGUUAGCGCUUAUCUGGUGUAAUAACAACCAGUGGCGGCUCUUAUUGCUUAUGGGGUGUGUUGUGGCUGGAGUCAACUGUCUCCUUAUCUUGGCCUAUAUCCCCGAAUCACCGGUGUGGCUAGAGGCGAAUAACCGCGGCCCUGAAGCGAUGACAGUACUCCACCGUAUUCGUGGUGGUGACUACGAGCUGAUUCGUACUGAAGUGAGCAGCUGGAGAUCCCAGGACGAUAACUUACUUGGUGGUGCUCUGAACCAAAAGACGGUCGGUAUUCGCGACUAUCUCCGCUUGCCGCAAUACCGCAACUCACGUGUGGUGGCUACGGGGAUCUUGGUGUUACAACAAUUUGAUGGGAUCAACUCAAUCAUCUUCUACGGGGUGGGAGUGCUCACUUCUAUCUUUAGUAACGCCAUCGCCAUCAACUGCGUCAUUGCCUUAGUGAACGUAAUUGUCACGUUUGGCGCCGCUCAGUGGGUGGAUAAGCUUGGCCGUAAACCAUUACUUUUGUUGCUGGUGUCGAUGCUUGGUGUGGCCAGUGCGAUCAUGGCGUUCGGCAUCAUGUGGUCGCUGGCGAUCCUUUCCGUGGUGGGCAUGUUCACCUAUAUUGCCUUCUUUGCCGUGGGGCUUGGUCCCAUCCCUUUCUUAUUAGUAGGUGAAGUUACACAGCCGCAAGCUAAGGCGACUGCUCAGAGUUGGGGGACGCUGAUGAACUGGGUGGCGACGUUCAUUGUGGGGUACUCGUUCCCGUUAUUGAUGAAGGCCAUGGGCGGGGCCGUGUACUUUAUCUUUGUUGGCAUGUGUGCCUUUUCCUACUGGUUCAUCAAGACGAAAGUGCCCGAGACUAAAGGUAAAAAGAGCUAUGAGGAGGUCUGGGGCAUUCAGUGA